UCGGUGUUCUUCCCCUUUGAAAUAAACUUGACAGACCAAAGAAGUAACAUUGUUAAAACACUGCGGAUUAUCGCUUCUACUCACUUAUUUAUAUUAUCAAUAUUAAAUCGACAUGUUUACCAAGGUCAGGGUAAGAGAUUUAGCCCUGCUUCUUCGGCAUCCUCGGGUACAGAACUGUUUUGUCACGACGCGGUGCCAUGCAUCAACGCAAACGAGCAAGAUCUACGAGAUACGUCACUACCGAAUGCACGUGCACACCGUGAAAACAUUCCUCGAGAUGGCUAAACAGUCGAUGCCGGUGCGAACCUCUUAUUCUAAAAUGGUUGGAUUUUGGACCACGGAACUAGGAGACGGGAUCAACGACAUCGUCCAUAUUUGGGAAUAUGGAAGCCUGGAUGAACGGCGUCGCGUGCGCCAGGCCCUGGCGACCGACCGGCGUUGGCAGGACGACUUUAUCGCGCACAUCAUGCCAAUGUGUCUCAUGCAGAGGAACAACGUCCUUCAAUGCAUGCCAGGCACAGACAUCGUCUAUCCGAAACCAGAUUCGGGGUCAUAUGAGCUGCAGGAGGUUAAAUACAACCAGAACCUGGCCAAGGCUGCAGACUGUGUGAAGGGAAUCAGCCGACCUGGGUCACAGUUGCUUGCCUGCUGGAGUAAUGUGCUCUCAAGGCAGAACCAUGGAUUGUUGCUCUGGCACCACAAAGAGUUGGACAAUAUAUUGGAAACACAAUCGCCCGUUAAAGAGAUAGAAAUUAAAAAGAGAAAACUCUUAACUCCACAGUCCUUCUCAGUAAUGCGGUAAUCUAUAAUUAUGUACAUACACCAGGAGUAGCAGUCAGUGCAGGGCAGCAAUAACAUCCUAUGAUCAGAGAAAUAACUCAAUACCAUUGCAUGGAAGUUUCUUGUAACUGAAUAGAAAAUUAAUUAAAAAAUUUAUAAGUUGUUCUCUGUCAAGUGCAUUCAAAGAAACUUGUGUUUAUUCAGAACAAGAGAUCAACCAACACAGCAGUAUGAAAUGCAAGGUCAAGGUCAAAACUACAGAGACAGAGCAAAAAGAAAAUUAAAUAUUUUACAAGAUCAAUACAUAUAUAUAUCUAUAGGGUAUAUUGGUGACAUGCAUUUUAGUAACGUGUAUACAAAAAAGAUUUACAAGUUUUGAUUUGUAUUCCAAGUGGGCACUCGUAAUUUAUUGCAUGAUUGGCGAUUAAACAGUUAAAAAAUCAAAAA